UGAUCAAUUAAAUGUCAUUUUGACACAUUAUGAUUUGUGUUUGGUUGGUGUGCGCUUUUAUUAAAAUUUAAAGAAAUUAAGCUUAUAAUAAGAUUAACCAACAUAAAUUGGACAAAUUAUAUAACGGCACAACAUGCUUAACAUCCAGAAUUACGGUAGCAGUUCAGAGGACGAAGGGGACAAUGACUCAGAGAUAGUUAAACAGCACAGCAAUGAAAGUAUGUUGACGCAUUUAAAACCUGUUGAUCCUAGUUUAUCCGUAGCUAAAACGAUGCAGGUUUGUGCUGCACCUGUGGUGAUGCCCACUAAUAAUGACGAUACAAGAGUGCUAGUACCUGCCAAUCAGGAGUUAAUGCACAACCCGAAGUAUGAGGAACUCUAUGCACCCACAUUUGGUCCAGAGAAUCCUUUUCAGACCCAACAGAUGAAGGCAAAUCGCAACAUGUUGUCAGGCUUUGUGGAAAAGGCACAUAUCAGUGACUUUCAGUUUGAGAACCAGCGGAGAACAUUCACAAGUUACGGUUAUGCUGUGGAUCCUUCUACUGACGGCGAUGCUGGUCCAGCAGAUGGCAUUGUUGUGUCAGCAAUGGUAGCACCACCACCUGAGUCCGAAGGCAAGUCAGUGUUUGAGACAAUAAAGAAAAGGCCACUUGAUAAGAAGAAACGGAACAAGAACGAUAACCCUGAGGAUGUCACUGGCUUCCUGGGACCUUGGGGAGGAUAUGUUGGAGAAAAAAGGGUAAUGAAACCAGAAGGGGACGAAGCGAAAGAAUUAGAAGAAAUAUUAGCUAAAAGACAGAAGAAAGGCAAAGUGGAAGAUGACAAGCCUUUGGAGGAGAAAUCUAUAUUCCAUUUGGACAAGGCGUGCGACUACCAGGGCCGCUCGUGGGUGGAGGCGCCGCGCAGUGAAACUCAGCUGCGGAGCGACACUCCACCAGACAAGUGCUUCCUACCUAAGGCACACAUCCACACGUGGAAGGGGCACACGAAAGGCAUCGCGGCGGUGCGGUGGUUCCCCGCUACGGCGCAUCUUAUGCUCUCGGCUGGCAUGGACUGUAGGGUCAAGAUCUGGGAAGUUUACGGCGACAGGCGUUGUAUUCGCACAUACUUCGGGCACCGGCAGGCUGUUAGAGAUGUUAACUUCAAUAAUGCAGGCAAUCAGUUCCUUUCAGCUGCGUACGACCGCUACAUCAAGCUGUGGGACACGGAGACUGGUGAAUGCGUGUCGCGGUUCACGUCACGUAAAGUCCCGUAUUGCGUCAAGUUUAACCCCGACGCGGACAAACAACAUCUCUUUGUAGCCGGCACAUCAGACAAAAAGAUCAUUUGUUGGGACAGCAGAAGCGGCGAAAUAGUGCAAGAAUACGACAGACAUUUAGGCGCCGUCAACACAAUCACCUUCGUCGACGAAAACAGAAGAUUUGUCACCACCUCCGACGACAAGAGUUUGAGAGUAUGGGAAUGGGACAUCCCGGUAGACAUGAAGUACAUCGCGGAGCCGUCGAUGCACUCGCUGCCGGCCGUCACCGCCGCGCCCAACGGCAAGUGGCUCGCCUGCCAGAGCAUGGACAACAAGGUGGUGGUGUUCAGUGCUCUAAACCGCUUCAAGGCGAACCGCAAGAAGGUGUUUACAGGACACAUGGUAGCGGGCUACGCCUGCUCCGUCGACUUCUCGCCAGAUAUGAGGUUAGUUGACACCGUUUAUUAUUGUGAAUUGUUCUUUUAUAUAGCAGACUUGGCUAUUGAGAAUCACGAUUUUGCCAAUGUAAAUCACUUAAGAUACAACCACACCAACGCGUGCUGA